UAACUUAGUAGCAACUUAGCAACCUUUGUGAACGUAGUGCCUAUAUUUAUUUUAAAACGGACCAUUAAUAAUAAUUUUCACUUUAUAUAAAAGCAAUAGAUCAUUUUUAAAUAUUAAUGUACAUUUAAUCAAAAUUUUCGUAUUAACAAAAUAAUGUUUUGUAAUUAACUUACUAGGUAUCUACUUGGUUGUGUUUACCUGUCUUUGUACUUAAUUAAACGAUCUCAAUAUCUUAAACAUGCGGUUAAUAAGAGAGAGUGUGAAAAAUAGCGAAAUUGAUUCGACGGCUAGUUCUUUAAAAUCUACUGACAGUUUUGGAGUGUUCGGAAGCGCGUGUUCCGACUGCUCCGACUGUGAGUAUUGUGACGUCCAGGAACAACAAAAUAAAUACUGCAAUGUGUCGAGUUCAAGCUGCACCAACCUCAGCUUCUACAGCGCGACCGACGAGAGGCAUCCGCUGCUCUUCAGCCACAACCUCACCAACACAUACAAGACUAACAGCAGCAGCUCAGAUACAUUGGGUCCCGGCGAGCUAUCAGCAAGCGAUAUAAUAGCGACAUACAAAAAGUCGUUUCAAAAAAGUGUCAUAAUAGAAAAGACGAAACAAAGUUCACUAGUUACAAUUUUCUCAAUAUGGAACACAAUAAUGGGUUCCUCUCUGCUGACGAUGGCCUGGGGCGUGCAGCGCGCGGGGCUGCCCACCGCUCUGUUCCUAUUGGUGUUCAUGUCGGCGCUCUGUCUCUACACCGCGUACUUACUGCUCAGAGUCAACUAUCAUCAUGGUAGUGAGACGUGCGAGGUGCCAGCGCUGUGCCGCGUACUGCUGGGCGCGGGCGCGGCGGCUGUGGCGCACGCCUUCAGCCUGAUGGUGCUGCUGGGCGCCAGCGUGCUGUACUGGCUCCUCAUCACCAACUUCCUCUACUACACCGUCAUUUACCUCAUGGACCUAGGCUCGCCCCACGGCGCCGUCUCCAACGCAUCAGUCCUCUGUCCCUCCCAGACGCUCGGCCCCUCCGCACCCCUCGCCGCGCCCUCCCCGUACUGGGGGCUGCACACCACCGUGCCCUUCUACGUGGCCAUAGUCGUUUUCCCACUUCUGAACUUCACCAAGGUCUCCUUCUUCACGAAGUUCAAUUCUUUAGGAACGCUGUCAGUGUUCUACCUCAUAAUCUUCAUAAUAGUGAAAUGCUGGUCGUGGGGCGCCCACGUGGGCGACAUGUUGGACGCCCACGUGGGCGGCGACGCGGCCGUGCUGAGCGGCAUGCUCGCGCUGUCCUUCUACAUACACAACAUCAUCAUCACCAUCAUGAGCAAUAACGCGCGACAGGAGAAAAAUGGCCGAGAUCUGACGAUAGCGUUCCUGCUGGUGACAGUGACGUACGCGUUGGUCGGCGUCGUGUUCUACGUCUGCUUCCCGCUCGCCAAGUCUUGCAUAGAAGAUAACAUUCUUAACAACUUCGACAUGCAUGACGUUAUGACUGCGAUAGCCAGAGCGGUUUUACUCUUUCAGGUGAUCACCGUGUACCCGCUGGUGGUGUUCAUGCUGCGCUGCGAGGCGGCGCAGCUGAGCGCGCGGGCGGCGGCGCGGGGCUCCGUGCUGGCCCUCAACGUGGCGGUGGUGGCGCUGUGCAUACUUGUGGCGUGCGUGUGUCCCAAUAUUGGCACCAUCAUCAGGUACACAGGCGCUAUAAGCGGUCUGGUGCAUGUAUUCGCACUACCGGCUCUCCUGCACAUGCGUUCGCUGCAGCUGCGUGGUCAACUCACACUGUGGAAGGGACUGCUCUACUUCGCCAUCAUCGUGUUCGGCACUGCCAACUUGGUGAUGCAGUUCUUUAUUGCAUAGCUAAGUUGCACGUUGUUGAGUACCUCCACAAAGUAUGAGCUCUUAAUAUUGGUGGGUACGUUUGUAGUCUGGCAAGUUCGUUGAUGACACUCCCAUGAUAUGCGGGCGACGGAGGGAAAGACUGCGACUGCGCCGGUGUGAAAUCGAGCGCGCGGGGAAAUGAGGUUUUUCAUUCGCGCGGACCGUCGGGAGCGUUAAGUUGCCAAGUUAUAGGCAACCAAAAAAUAAAGUAACUUCAAAAAUACUCAUCCAGCAUGUCAGAGAAGGAUAUAGAUAUAUAUCUAUUUGGCUGUAACGUAAUGGGAGGGUUCCAAAGUUACAUAAUGAAACCCUUAUUUCAAUAUACAAGCCACAAGCGCGGUUAAUUUUUCACUUAUUUUAAAUGACAUUGAGUUGAGAGAAAAACUGUACUCUAGUUAAAAGGCACAGAUUAAACAAUAAUAGGCAGAUAGAGCGUACGGCACACGAUACGGUGUCGUAGCCGCUCCAAAUACAAAUUUCAAAAACGAAUAAAUUCUCGAAUCCGUACGACACGAAGCGUCGCAUCAGUAAAGUUCAAUAUCCUUCAAGAAAAUGGCAUCUUAUGUUUUUAAAUAUUUUGUAAACUGUUUACAAAAACUAAAGAAAUAAGAUGGAGUAUUUUUAGUGGUAAUUAUUGAUUAAUAAAUUAAUUUAAGUAAUUGUUGUUAGUGUUAAAUUUUUAAAUACAAAUUAUGAAAAGUUUGUAUAUACGUAUGUCAAGGAGACGCUGUUUUUUGUGGGUUUCACAGCUUCACUGCGAUGCUUGUUAAGACUUCUGUAUGAUCUUUAUUCUGUGUUAAAAGUUUGUAUAUGCGUAUGUCAAGGAGACGCUGUUUUUUGUGGGUUUCACAGCUUCACUGCGAUGCUUGUUAAGACUUCUGUAUGAUCUUUAUUCUGUGUUAAAAGUUUGUAUAUGCGUAUGUCAAGGAGACGCUGUUUUUUGUGGGUUUCACGGCUUCACCGCGGUGCUUGUAAAGACUCAUUCUGUAUGAUCUUUAUUCUGUGUUAAAAGGUGUGAAUAUUUUAAUUUUCAACUUCCACUAUUUGUAUCACAAAUGUAGGCUUUAAUUUUAAGUUUCUAGUCAAUAAAACAAUAUCUAAGUUA